AAGAGUACCAAACUAAGCAACAGGCUCUCUGGCACAGAGCAACUUUUUGUGCUGCUGUGCUAUGUAAUGGCAGUGAGUGUCCGUCCAAACCGGACAGCAAUGCAGACAUGUCCUCUCGGGAUGUAAGUCUAUCUGCAAAACAAAAUCAGCUUCUGCAUGGAUAAACAAAGAUGACAUCUGGAUAACGUGGAUUAUUUCUUUCAAAAUGAAUUCCUCCUCUCUGGACUGGUCCAUUCAGGGUGCACUGUCAUCUCUUUACCCCCCAUUUGAGGCCACCGCUCCAACGGUCCUGAGCCAGCUCUUCCGUACCAUCGAGGCACGUUACCAGGGAGACGCGCUGCAGUGCUUUUUGGAUUACCUCAUUCCAGCCAAACACAUCCUAGAGAGUGUGCAGCAGGCUGCCUGUGCUGAGUAUUCUGAUGUUUUGUUCCAGUGUGAAGGUUGGCCUCUCUGUUUAAGAGACCGUGUGGUGGUUCAACUAGCUCCCAUUAACCCCUUAUUAUUACGUCCUGGAGACUUCUAUUUACAAGUGGAACCAUUUGGGGAACAGUCAGCUCGUAUAGUCCUCAAGAGCCUCCUUGUGCAGGAUGAUCUUUUGGCACAGGAAGAUCUGUUGUUACUAGCAGGUUUUAGGGCACAAGAAGGCCCUGCUGUGGAGGAGACUCCCAUCCCAGAGACUUCCUAUUCUUGCAUUUUUACUGAAGCUUGGUUAAAGGAAAUCAAUGAGGGUCGUCUUGGUAAUCAGCUGCAUCAAUGUGUGCUUUCUUCUGAUCAGGGAAUUGUGAAGGUGCCCUGGGCAGAAGUGAUCAACCCUGAAUUUCUGGACAGGCCAAAAGCUAAAACAACAUGCAUAAGUGCAGGUUUAAUACAGGAUAAUUCUCAGGAAGAGGCCAACUCACAGUUUCAUGUAAACAUGUCAUUUUCCAAAACACCUGUUGAACCAAAAACUAUGGCCCUUCCAACUAAGAAUGGUGUUGCAGUUUCACAUCAUUUAGUGAAGCGGGGCAACAAAUUUGUUCUAAUGGAACAACGGAAACCUGUGAGCAAUCCUGUAGGCAAACCUGUUGGCUGGGUUUCCCCAAAUACGUGGGACAGCAGGCCCAAUAAAGAACUGGAGGGGGAGUAUGUCGAUCUACUGGAUUUAGCCAAAGAAAAGGAUCCUUUAAACUUUAAAAUAACCGUUAUACCUUCAGUUCCAAUAUCUUUUAGACCUCAUUCCCCUCUUUCAAAGGAAGACAGCCCCCCAUGUGUUCAAACAUCAAGGCUGGUUGAUGAGCUACAUGUUCCAAAAAGUUUAAAAAAUAAUCAGGUUUCUAAAGAUCAACAGAAAGCUACAGAAUCCAAGGGUAGGCAUCGACAGUCUUACCUAGCAGCUAUAAAAAACCCAGUGAGCUUUGAGAAGGCAGGCACAACAUUACCCCUGGAUGAAACAUGGCCAGGCUUAGGAGAAACAGAACCAGCAUAUGAGGCACAAAGUGUUGACCUUGGGAUUGAGUCUUUAAGCAGUUCACCAAUGCAGGGUUUAAACCAAAACCUAUUACAAUCCUGUCCAGAGUCAGUUGAACAUGAUCAAAACUUAGUUCAAAGUAGUAUGAACACAAUGCACCUUUCCACAGCACUACCAAGUCUUAACGAAGCUGAACAGCCAUUGCACUUGCUUAAUAAAAAAUCUCCAGAGAGUCUUCAGAAAACUUUACUGGAACAUACUGGAGCAAUUAAUGUCAACAGGCAAGAACCGCAUCAGAUUUGGACCAAUUUGCAUAAGCAUCACAAAACCCAACAUUUGCCUAAAAUGGGACUAAGGGCUUUGCCAGAUCUUAGAAAUCAGAGACAAGAGACUGGUGUCUACAAAUGUCAAGGUGCAGGCAUGGGAAGGAAAAUGGAUCAGUUUGUGUAUGGCCUAGCACCUCCUCAUAAAUCACUUCAACAAUCUACCGGACAGAAACCUUAUAUAUUUUCUCAACCACAGAACAAUCUGAACAUGCUUCAAGAAGAAAAAGGUCAAAUUGAACAAAACAAGCAAUGUGGUGAAAUUGCUGUGAAGGCAAUGAAAGUUUUAGGGAAAAGCAGGCCUAAAGCACGUUCAACUUCCUUAGUAUCCGAGUCAUCCAGGGAGUGUUCACAGGAGGAUAGGCCAGCCAACAGGAGUCGCAGUGAUGUCUAUCCAGAGAUCAUUCCAAUGGUUCCUGGAGUUCAAGUCCAACGAAGCAAGAAAUGCACAUCCUUUGGGCUUGUGUCCCCAAAACUAGACAGAUGGAAAGCAGCAAAAAAUGGCAUGUCUGCUACUGGGUCAGCUGAACAGAUUACCACAGUCCAAAAUGGGGCAGUGCUCCAGAACUCCUCAGACCAGUUACAAAGCCUCUCUCCUGAACAUGGAAGCCAGCUUACUGCCCUUUCACAUGACCCCAGCAUCAAGAAUGUUCUCCAACUGGGCAUCAUCUGUCUGCCAGGCAGUCGUGACAGAGCUGGAAGAGCUGUGCUUGAAAUCCAUGGAGGAAAGAAAGGCUGGGCAUCCCCUCUGCUCUCUCCUUUGGUACUUAGCAAAGCGAUCCUUUUCCUUCACUCCAUUCCAAGGAAACAAGUGAGAGAUCUGGGAUUGACAGUCAUAAUCAACAGCCAGAUUGUUCAAAUUCCCUCAGUGCUCUAUAAAGCAUUGCUAAUGGUACAGGAGCAGGUCCUCCGUGCUGUGCACAGUGUUUUGUUGUUAGUGGAAAAAGACCAAAGUCCUCGUGCAGACAGACCACCAGGAUUACAGAUGGAAAUUAUUACCUCACUAAAAGCUCUUCUUAAGAGUGUUGAUGGACAGCAGCUGACAAGUGAACUUGGAGGAUCUUUCCCUUACAAUCACACUGAAUGGAUUCAGUUUUACCAAAAACUCUUCAUCUUUGAGAGGGACCUUCAUGGAGCAGCCCUGUUGUUACAGAAUGCUAUACAAAAAUUGGACAGUAACAAGAAGACUGACACUGCAGAGGAUGUGAGGAGAUGUAGCCAAGAACAGAAGAGUGCCAUGAAGCAGGUACUUGAGGAUACACACAUGGUCACUCUUCAAAGGGAUGGUGGUGCUAUACUAGCCAGAAUGAGGAAAGAAGAAUGUAGAUUUUCUCAGUCUGAAGACUACAGUGACUCAAUGGAGGCUGUGAUGUGUUUAUAUAAUCAGGUGGAAGAAGGAGUUCACACAUUAGUUAUGAGGUCCAAUCAAUCACUGCAGCAUCUAGAUCAUGUGCUGCUGCUGAGGGAAACAGAGGAACAACUUAACACAACCAGAGAGUGGUGUGAAGAGGAGGCUAGGAAAUGGCAGAGGGACCUUGACCCAGCAGAAGAACCAAGGGAGAUACUGGAGCAAAGACUUGCAGAUGUUAAUGAUGUCCUUACUCAGGCAAAGGAUAGCAAAAACAAAGCAAUUGCAUUGAUGAACGAUGUGGAGAGAAAAAUCCAGGGAACAUGUUAUCCUGAGACUAACAUUUUCCAUAUUCACAUGACAAAGUUCAAAUCCGACUUGGCAGCUUUCAUGGUGCAAGCUGAGCAGCGUAAAUUUAACCUGGAGGCAUUCAUUCGUCUGCUUCACUUCUGUGAACAGGCUUUCGCUCUUACUAAAGAAUGCAGUCAUUUCUUGGAACACAUGGAGAUGGGCUGCUACACAGAGACUUCCAACAUCAGCAAGCUGAAAUCUUUUCAGGAGAGAUUUAAAGCCUUUUUGCCUGAGCACUUUGAGGAGGAGAAGAGUAACGCCAUGACCGAGAAGCAUCAUGGAGUGGUUCGUGUGUGGAGUGAAGCUUGUUCAGUGUGCCAAGAGGUUAGGCAGAUACUGGAUGAGAAGCUGCUAGAGUUGGAUAGAAAGCUAAAGCUUCAAAGUUUUCCACAGAGGGAUGAAACCAUGGUGAAGAAUGAUAAAGCCUCUCCGCACACUCCUACUUCCCGCAAAACAAGUUACUCCCUGGCUCAUGUUGAGGUCCAAUCUCAGCAGUGUGAAGCUUAUAGACAGAUUCAGAAUGCUCAGUGUGAAUCUGUACAUAUACACAAACAAUCAACAUUGGAAAACACCUUAACGGAUAAAUUAGUAAAGUUUCCUCGUGAGCACUAUAGUGAGGCUGAUCUCAGAAAUGAUGACUUUGUUGGUAGGAGUGAGAGAAAUCGAGCAUUAGGCAGAUCCCAUAGCGAGGGCUCUUGUGUAAGAAGCUUUAGUCCUAUGUUAACUGGGUCUUCAUUGUCUGUGCACCAGAAAACAUCUAUGAGCAAACCCAGUAUAUUUCUACCUGACCGAGAAUGUGUUGCAAAUCAUAAAGACAGCUUCUGCUCAGACUUUUCUGAUAUGAAACUAGAAUGGAUCCAAAAGGAUAGCAGAGGUAAACCCAGCGUCACUGUGGAUGACCAAGAUUCUCAAAUAUCUCGGCAAGAGAGCUUUUGCUCUAGUGUUUCCAGCCCGGGAUUAUGCUGGAUGAAAAAGGAGAACUGCAGCAGGGUCUACCUGCAUGAUAAAAAUGCAGGCUACCCCUCUAGAGACUCUAUAACAGCAGACAGGCUAGAGGAUACCUCAGACUGCAACUCCACCAUAGAAAUGGAGAACAGCAAUAAUUUACUUAAACUGCAGCAUAUCAUGGAAGAGUUGUUGCAGACAGAAAAGGAAUAUGUGAAAGCACUGGGAUAUGUUAUGGAACACUACUUCCCAGAACUUGAGCGACAAGAUGUGCCACAAGAUCUGAGAGGACAAAGAGGAAGCAUCUUUGGAAACCUGGAAAAACUUAGAGAGUUCCAUCAACAUAAUUUCCUGAACGAGCUAGAACUUUGCCUAAGACACCCUUUCCGUGUAGGACGAUGUUUUCUACGACAUAAAGAGAGUUUUGGUCUCUAUGCUCUCUAUAGCAAAAAUAAACCACGCUCAGACCACCUGCUAAUCAAUCAUGGAAAAGAGUUCUUUAAGCAAAAACAGCAGCUGCUGGGAGACAAAAUGGACCUGUCAUCAUACCUGCUGAAGCCAGUGCAGCGCAUAAGUAAAUAUGGUCUGCUUCUGCAGGACAUGCUACAGGAGUGUGAUGCAACGUCACACAAAGCUCCUGAGCGAGCAGAGUUACAGGCUGCAUUAGAGGUCAUCCAGUUCCAGCUUCGUCAUGGCAACAACCUCCUUGCUAUGGAUGACAUCCAGGAAUGCGAUGUCAAUUUGAAGGAACAAGGACAACUGAUUCGCCAAGAUGAGUUCCUGAUGACCUUUAGGAAAAAGAAGUAUUACAGGCACAUUUUUCUUUUCCAGGAACUUAUACUUUUUAGCAAGACCAAGAAAACAGAGGUUGGGAAUGACAUAUAUAUCUACAAACAGUCAUUUAAGACCUCUGACAUUGGGAUGACACAUAACUGUGGUGAUAGUGGACUGUGCUUUGAAAUCUGGUUUCGGAGGAGGAAGUCACAGGACACAUACACACUACAGGCACGCAGUUAUGAAGUGAAGAAAGACUGGACCAAAGACCUGGAGAGGAUUUUGUGGGAGCAGGCUAUACACAACAGGGAGAUUCGUAUGCAAGAGAGAGUCUUCAUGGGAAUUGGAUGCAAGCCUUUUAUGGACAUUAAGCCUAGUGAAGCUGCCAUUUGCGACCGUGCCAUUAAGUGUGCUCUAACAGGACGAGACUGUAAGGCACCUGUUUUUUCUGGGCUGUCUGAUAUCGAACAAGGGUAUCCUGCCCAGAGGCCAAAUUCUACUGGUUCGGCCAGCUAUGUGUCAACUUGCAGCCACUCAUCCUCCUCCUCGUCCUCAGGGAGAGGAUCUGUCUCACCUGUCGGUUACCACAUUGACCUUAGUAGAAGAGCUGUUUCUGUGUCUGACCCUGGAGGUUUCUCUAAUCUUGGAGAGCAUGACUUAGACCAGGAAAACAUCAGGCAAAAUCAGCUUGCAGACAGUUCUGUAUCUUCAGGUGAGAGUGUCAGUGGCUUUAGCGGUUCUGGCUACAGUUUGCAGUCAGUGAUUGGUGGAGAACAUGAGGUACCUCAGGUGUCUGACAUUGGUCUAGGAAAACCAUUCCCCCACAAAAUUGAUGACCAAAAGCAACACAAAGACAAACCAUCUAAACUACAAAACCAAAAGCAAGACAAACCGCUUAAGGUUCAAGGUAAUAAUCAAAUGGGAAAAUCAACUGAAGUUUGAAGAUAUUGAACCAUAGAUUUUAACCAUGGAGAAUUUGCAACUCUUGGAUCAACUUGUAAACUUUGUAAAAUGCAUGCUGGUCCUCUUAAUAUGACCAGAGGAAGCUCUCCUUCACCAGGAUAGUCAUAUCCUGUGAAGAAGAGUGAGAGUAUACAACAUACUAUUUAUUAUUGUUUUUUAGAAUCUGCUUACUUAUUAGCAAUACAUAAUUUUUUUUACUCUGUUUGAUAUCCAAAAUGUUUAUUAUCCAAAGUUAUAGUUGCUUUUGGUUUGUUUAUGCAUUUUGUCUUUCCUUUUCUGUAUGAACUGAUUGGUUAUUUUCUUAUAAAUAUGUAUAUGCAGUAUUGCAUAAAAGAGUGAAAAAUACUGAUUUUCUGCAUAUUCGCACCGGUAUAUGUCUGACCACAAACCAAAAUUUGAAAUCUCUUUCUACCUGCCUAAAAAAUUGGUAAGUGCAAUAAACAAAGGGACACUAAAGCUAAAAUGUAGGAAAGACUGUAAGAAAGGGAGACUUGGACUAGAUUUUUUUUGCAGAUAAGAUCAGUCAUCCUUGUCUCAGACAUUCAGAAUAUGGUACUAUCACAUUGGGUUUUUAUAUACAUUUUUAUUUAAUUAUUUUAAUAAAAACUUCUGCACUUUUGUAUAUGGACAGUUUCAGUAAUUAUCAUAAGACAAUAUUAAACAGUGUAAGAUUAGCAUUGGGUCUCAUUUAUUAAUGAUGCAUUGUUUUGUUCCUAAACAUUUUUUGUGCAUAGAAUGGGAUUUAUCUUAUUGUUCUACUGUAUGAGUAUUUUUUACACAUACUCCUGGUUUGUCAAUAAUAUCAGCAAAAGUGUCUUUGAAGUGAAAAGUGACUGAAAGCAUAAUUGGCAUGUUUGUGGUGGUAUUAAAAUGAUGCAGACAAGUUAAAUACUGUAUGAAACAUAAAGUAAACCUGAAUAAUAAUGUCACAUACAAACAGGGAUAAUGUCUUCCUUGAAGAUUUGGCAAUUGCAUCCUUGCACUGUGGAGAAAUUUCUAGAAAUUUAUGGACAGAAAUUAAAGUCUGUUAAAGCAGUCUGAUUCAACAAUACAUAAAAACAAAGUGUCUUAGAAUGCAUUGUGAUUCUGAGACCCUACAGCACAAUGCAACAUCACAAAAAAAUAAAUUCUACUUCUGAACUUAA